AUGUCUUCCGUCAGCGGCAAUUGCCCGAGAUUUUCCUCCGCCGCUUCACUUCGCUUGCUCUCACCACCAUUCACAGGAGACUGUCCCAGCCUACAAGCAGUUGAACGCACCAUGGCAGAGCAGGAACCUACACCAGAGCAGCUGGCAGCGAUUGCAGCAGCCAACGAAGAGAGCGAAAGUGCAGUCAACUACAAACCUCCUGCCCAGAAGAGCUUACAGGAGAUCCAGGAGCUGGACAAAGACGAUGAGAGCCUCCGCAAGUACAAGGAGGCCCUGUUGGGUAACACUGCUGUGGUUGCAGAUCCCACCGCCCCUAACGUCCAGGUGACACGAAUGACCCUGGUAUGUGAGACGGCACCACAGCCACUGGUCCUUGAUCUGCAGGGAGACUUGGAAAACUUCAAGAAGAACCCAUUUGUGCUGAAGGAGGGAGUCGAAUACAGAAUAAAGAUCAACUUCAAGGUCAACAAGGACAUUGUGUCAGGCCUGAAGUACAGUCAACAGUCGUUCAGGAAGGGAGUUAAAGUUGACAAGUCAGAUUACAUGGUCGGUAGCUACGGGCCCAGACCAAAAGAAGAAUACGAGUUCCUCACCACCAUGGAGGAGUCGCCCAAAGGGAUGCUGGCCCGCGGCACCUACAACAUCAAGUCCAAGUUCACUGAUGAUGACAAACACGAUCAUCUCUCCUGGGAGUGGAGCCUCACUAUCAAGAAAGAGUGGAAAGACUGAUUGCCCUUCGCCAUCCUCCAUCAAUGUCUUCCUCUGCUUUGCACCUCUUUCUUUCUCUUGCUGUCAUUCCAUUUUUUUCUGUCUGGAUUACGAGUUAAGAUUUUGCUCUCUCCGUCCAUUGACACCCCCCCCCCCCUACCCUCCCGCUCUUACAGUUUCAUUUCACUUUUCUAAAUCCAAUCACUUCAUCCUUCCUCCCAUAGUAACACUUCAUUUGUUUGCACCUAACCUCUCUGUUAAGUAUCCUUAAAAGUGGAGAAAGCAAACAAUGUGCACAAUCCAGAUUUUGCGGUUAUAGUUUGUUUAUAAAAGAAAAAAUAAGUAAAAAAUAUUAUUUGCUAACUGCUCUUGGAAAAAUGGUGAACUAUGUGAUUCCAUUGCUGCUUGCUGCCUUCUUUCCUUCUCCCUUUUCUUUCUUCUAUUUUUCAGUUUGUUUUGUACCAUUACCAUGAUCUGCCUUGGGAAGCACAGUACAGGAAGCAGUAUGUACGUGGCCACUGGUCAUUGAGCAAUCAUUGCUGGAAACAACUCUUGGACACAGUCCUCCUAAAGCCUUUUGAGCAGAUUAUUUGUACCAGGGUCUUGGUAAAUUAUUUGGAAUUUAGGCCAUGCCUUUUUCAAGUGGUUUAGCACCCUGCAAAUUCUGCUGCGAGAACGAGGGAAACAAAAUUACCUCUGAACCCUUGUGACUCCCUGCUUUAGGUGCAUCUAUUCCUCUCCUGAUCAGGGUAUUUUGGCAGUUAUAUUAGCAGCCAUGUGGCCUUAACAAGAACCCCUAGGAGGAAAUAGAAAACCUAGUUGAGCCAUUUGCCUUCAGACUAUAUUUGCCAGACCAUCAUGUGAGCCUGUUUUUAAUAAUACUUGUAAUAUAUGGGCAGGGAAUCAGGACUAAGGACUUUUUAAUGCCUUUAUUUCAGGUUUGAUGAUUUGUAAAAGCCAUUACAUAUAGAUGUUAAUCAUGUUAGCUCUAUUUACAAACUUUAAUCAUUUAAAAACCGUCUUCACUUCAGUACAUGUAGUUUUCUAAAUAUGAGUCAAAUUAACUUCAUUUACAAUAAUUCUUAAUAGGAGCCCAGGUCGUAUUAAUGGCUUUGUAUUGCCCGGUCUCCUCUCUAGUACCUGAGGCCAUAUUGCCAGUGUGUAUGAGGCAUUACCUUAGUUCCUCCCUGAAUCAAUCACAGGGGCCGUGAAAGCGCUCACCUUGUAUUUCUCUAGUUCAGCAUUAACAAUGCUCGCUGUGCCUCCAGUCUCUUACGACCACAUGCUGCUCCUGCUGACUCGGCGGCACUCUGUGCUCAACAUCAGUGAGGUGAAAACGUCUGUAAUUGACUUCUGAACCAAUAUAGAGACAUCAGUCCCUAACCAGACAAUGAUGGUAAACACACCAUGCUAUAUAAAAGUGUUUCCUUUUUUAUACACUCCAUAAGUAUGUGAAUGGUAUCUGUUUCCACAGCUUCAUUCAGCUGUCAUGGACUGAUGUUUUUCUCUGUGGGUUUGACUCGAUGUGUGCUACUUGUAUUACCUACAGUUAACUGAUAUCCUGUGUUCACAUUAAAGUGUUCAGACUGGG